AUGUCCUCAGAUUUAAUCACUUUCCUUCUUAACUGGGAGCCAACAGCUUACCACAUCCCAAUCUACCUUGCUCAAACAAGAGGUUACUUCAAGGAACAGGGCAUUAGGGUUGCCAUUUUGGAGCCAUCCAACCCCUCCGAAGUUACUGAACUUAUUGGAACUGGCAAAAUUGAUAUGGGUCUUAAGGCUAUGAUCCAUACAUUGGCUGCAAAGGCCAGAGGUUAUCCGGUUACGUCUGUUGGUUCUCUCUUGGAUGAGCCGUUCACUGGUGUUCUCUACCUCAAAGGUUCAGGUAUCACUCCAGACUUUAAAUCCUUAAAGGGUAAAAAGAUUGGUUAUGUUGGUGAAUUUGGUAAGAUCCAGAUCGAUGAAUUGACUAAGCACUAUGGUAUGACUCCAGAUGAUUACACCGCAGUUAGAUGUGGUAUGAACGUUGCCAAAUACAUCAUUGAGGGUAAGAUUGAUGCUGGUGUCGGUAUCGAAUGUAUUCAACAAGUUGAGUUGGAAGAAUACCUCAAGGCACAAGGUAGACCAAAAGAAGAUGCUCAAAUGUUGAGAAUCGACAAGUUGGCCGAGUUGGGUUGUUGUUGUUUCUGUACAAUUCUGUACAUUGCCAAUGACGAGUUCUUGGCUGCUAACCCAGAAAAGGUUAGAAAGUUCCUCAACGCCAUCAAGAAGGCCACAGACUACUUCUUGGAGAAUCCUAAGGAUGCUUGGAAUGAGUACUGUGACUUCAAACCUCAAAUGAAGACCGCUAUCAACACCAAGAAGUUUGAGAGAUGCUUUGCUUACUUCUCCGAGUCCCUUUACAACGUCCACAGGGAUUGGAGAAAGGUCACGGCUUAUGGUAAGAGAUUGGAGAUCCUUCCAAAGGAUUACCAGCCAAACUAUUCCAACGAGUACCUUUCUUGGGAAGAACCAAAGGAGGUUGAGGACCCACUGAAGGCUCAAGCAUUGAUGGCUGCUCACCAAGAGGAGUGUAGAUCUUGUGGUGGUUGCCGUAGAUUGUGCUUGACUGGUAUCUGA